GUAGUAGGUAGUAAUAAAGUCUAUGCCGCUCACUCCCUAUUAUUAAUAUUGUGGUGGCAUCACCGUCACACAAUUUCACCCCGGAUUGCUCGAACGCUGCAAGGGGUUGGUCACACCCCCCUUAGCAACCGUCGGUUUUGUGCGUCGCCUUGGGGCUUAGAAACAGCAUCGAUACGGACCGUUCCGACGACUCGUUCGCUCGCGCCGUAUCGUCGUACAACAGAUGUGGUAGCUAAUACACUCGCUCAUCCCUAUCCAUAAACGCGACUUACGCCCGCCGUACGAUAUAAAACGCGUGUGUUUCAAUUUUCAUAUCCGCGAUUCACUUAUGAAUAUUUUUUGGCGUUCUACGCGUAAUGUGCAUUUUAUUGUUUUCUUCAAAUAAAAGUUGUUUGUUCUUAGAGUUACUGAGUUUUCUUUGUUAAUAUAUCGCAACUGUUGAAGGCACUAAGGGAAGAAUCGCCUGCCUGAUUAGUUUACUCCACACUAUUGUGGACCGUUUUGGUGUGUAUUUUUGCUUAAAAUUCGCUAGGUACAGUAAAUUAUAAUUGCAACAUUAGUCGUUUCGUUCACACAGUUUAUGCUUGACCGUCUCAAAAUGGACAGCUUAAUCGAAAUACCGUUAAAGGACUCAGAUGAGGUUAUUGAAAUACAACUAGACAAGUUGCCAGAGUAUGAUGAAGUACUUGGCAUUUUAAGGUCUGAACAUUCAAAUCUAUAUAUAUGGGUCAAUUUAGCUUUGGAAUACUACAAAAGAGGCAAUUCAGCUGCAUUGGUUAGAUUGUUAGAGUCAUCACGUUGUAGUGCCAGUUUAGAAUAUAAAGAUAGCGAUAAGGAUCAAAUGAGAGCUCUGGAUAUGUUAGCAGCAUAUUAUGUGCAAACAGCUAAUCAAGAAAAAAAUAAAGAUAAACGCCGUGAACUUUUUGCUAAGGCCACACAACUUUAUACAACUGCAGAUAAAAUUAUUAUGUACGAUACGAAUCAUUUGUUGGGCCGUGCUUUCUUUUGCUUAUUAGAUGGUGGUAAAAUCGAACAAGCAGAUGCUCAGUUUAAUUUUGUAUUGAAUCAAUCAUAUAAUAAUAUUCCAGCUCAAUUAGGCAAAGCAUGUAUUGCAUUCAACAGGAAGGACUACAGAGGAGCUCUAGCGUAUUAUAAAAAAGCAUUGCGCUCUAACCCUCAGUGUCCUGCUGAUGUUAGAUUAGGCAUAGCACAUUGUUUUUUGAAACUAGGAAACAUGGUUAAAGCACAAUUAGCAUUUGAACGUACCCUGCAGUUAGACUCCACAUGCGUUGGUGCAUUAGUGGGUCUUGCCGUCAUGAAGUUGAAUAGCGAAAAUCCUGGCGACAUCAAAUUAGGUGUAAAUAUGUUGUCAAAAGCAUAUACUAUAGAUACAGCCAACCCAAUGGUGUUAAAUCAUUUGUCCAAUCAUUUUUUCUUUAAAAAAGAUUAUGCCAAGUCUGAAUUGCUUGCUAGACAUGCACUACAAAACACAGAAAAUGAAGCUAUGAGAGCUGAAAGUUGUUAUCAAAUGGCUAGAGUUUUUCAUGUACAGAAUAAUUAUGACCAAGCAUUUCAAUAUUAUUAUCAAGCAACCCAGUUUGCGCCGGUUACAUUUGUACUCCCACAUUAUGGCCUUGGUCAAAUGUAUAUUUAUGGUGGUGAUAAAGAAAAUGCUGCUCAGUGCUUUGAAAAAGUACUUAAAGCUCAUCCAGGAAAUUAUGAAGCAAUGAAAAUUCUUGGUUCAUUGUAUGCUGAUUCAAAAAAUCAACAAAAACGAGAUGUUGCAAAAAGUUAUUUAAAAAAAGUAACAGAGCAUUUUCCAGAUGAUGUAGAUGCUUGGAUAGAAUUAGCUCAAAUAUUAGAGCAAUCAGAUUUACAAGCAUCAUUAUCUGCAUAUUUUAAAGCUAUGGUUUUAAUGCGGAACAGAGCUAAUAAUCACAUUCCACCCGAAAUACUUAAUAAUGUAGCUGCUUUAAAUUAUAGGCUUAAAAAUAUGGACGAAGCUCGUUCUAAACUUGAAGAAUCUUUGAGUUUGUCAAAGAAAAUGGCUGAAACUGACCCAAAGCGUUAUAACUCCAUUGCUAUUACAACUACAUACAAUUUGGCAAGGAUUUAUGAAGUGCAAUGCCAGUUUCAGAAGGCAGAAAUACUUUACAAAGACAUUCUCAAGGAGCAUCCUAAUUAUAUUGAUUGUUACUUACGUUUGGGUUGUAUGGCUCGAGAUCGCAACCAAAUUUAUGAAGCUUCUGAUUGGUUUAAAGAAGUAUUACAUAUAGACAAUGAACAUCCUGAUGCCUGGUCACUGCUGGGAAACUUGCAUUUAGCCAAAAUGGAAUGGGGUCCUGGGCAAAAAAAAUUUGAACGUGUGCUGAAGAACCCAUCUACAUUAAAUGAUUCAUAUUCAUUAAUUGCACUGGGCAAUGUUUGGUUGCAAACUCUUCAUCAACCAACUAGAAAUAAGGACCAGGAAAAAAGACAUCAAGAUUUGGCAUUACAAUUUUUUACAAAAGUAUUGAAAAAUGAUCCAAGGAACAUUUGGGCAGCUAAUGGCAUUGGUUGUGUUUUGGCACAUAAACAUUGCAUAAAUGAGGCAAGAGAUAUAUUUGCUCAAGUAAGAGAAGCAACUGCUGAAUUUUGUGACGUCUGGUUGAAUAUUGCACAUAUAUACAUUGAACAAAAACAGUAUAUUAGUGCUAUUCAAAUGUAUGAAAAUUGUAUGAAGAAGUUUUUUAAACAUGAUAAUGUUGAAGUACUUCAAUAUCUUGGGCGUGCAUAUUUCAGAGCAGGAAAGUUAAAAGAGGCAAAAACGGUUUUUUUAAAAGCUCGAAGGGUUGCUCCUCAGGAUACAGUCAUAAUUUAUAAUAUUGCUUUUGUCCUACAAAAACUAGCAACUCAAAUACUGAAAGAUGAAAAAUCAAACUUGAAAGAUGUACUGAAGGCUGUACAUGAACUUGGACUAUCACAUAAAUACUUCCAAUAUUUGUCUGUCCAUGGUGAUCGUAUGAGGUAUGAUGUUAGUCUGGCUGAUAUUGAAGCUAAACAGUGUCAAGAUUUACUGUCUCAAGUCCAGUAUCAUGUGGCACGAGCCCAUCAGAUGGAUAACGAUGAGCGUGAAAUGCGUUAUAAACAGAAAGAGGAACGAGAAUUAUACCGUGUCAAACAGAUUGAAGAGCAGACUAGAGCAUUACAAAAACAAGAAGAACAAAAAAAAGAAAUGUUGUUAAAACGUCAAGAAUAUAGAGAAAAAACAAAGAAUGCUCUAGUAUUUGACCAUGUUUUAGAAAAACCUAAGGGUAAAAUGAAACGUCGUGAAAACUAUGGUUCAGAUUCAGGUGGAAGCAUUGCAUCUGUACCAGGUGGCAAUAGAAGUCCUAGGCCUUCAAAGUCUAACAAACCAAGGAAAAGUGGUGGAACUGGUGGUGAUUACGAAAAGAAAAAAAAAGGAUUUAAACGGAAGAAAGAUAGUCUUGCAUCAGAAGGAUCUGGUGAAAGUAAUAAAAUUGCAUCAAAAAAAGGGCGUUCUUCUACAAUUAAUAAGAAGGAACCUGUGUUAUCAUCUAAGCAGAAACUUAGAGUAGUAUCCAAAGCAACUAUAUCUACCAGUGAAGAUGACAGUAGUGACAGUGAAGUAAAAAAGCGAAUUUCUGGACAUAGUUCAAAGAAUGAUAAAUCACGUUCAAGCUCUAAGUCUCAUUCACUUUCCGGUAGCCGUAAAUCCAGAAGUCCAUCCAAAUCUCUGUCUGGUUCACACAGGUCUAAAUCAAAAUCUAAAAGUGUCUCACGGAGUCUUUCGAGAUCACGUUUUGGUAGUAAAUCUCGAUCUAGUAGCAGUUCACAUUCUAGCAAUAGAUCUCGUUCGAGAAGUCAUCCGCCUUCACAAAGUUGUUCUAGAAGUCGUUCACCUUCACACAGUAGUUCAAGAUCUAAUAGCCGAACUAGGACUCGUUCUGCAUCUGAUUCCAAAUCGCGCUCUCAAUCACAAAGUGAAUCUGAGUCAGUAUCAAGAUCAAAGUCUGGUAGUUCUUCUGCUUCUAAUUCACCAGCUCGUUCAGGAUGUAGAUCUGCAUCCAAUUCACACUCCAAAUCUGGCAGCAGAUCUCCCUCUAGAUCUAGUGAUGGAUCAGGCUCUACAUCCGGCUCAACUUCGCCAGCUAUAUAAUAACUGUGCGAUUGAAAAUUAUUUAACAUUAUAAAUUAU